AUGGCAGUGCUCAUAUUUUCAACCUUGGCCAGUUCUGUUUUAUUUUUUCUAGUUGUCUUAUAUUGCGCGCUCUUGAAGUAUCUUCAUUUACAGUGAUAAUAUUGACAAAACAUUUUGUUUUGAAGGUACCUAUCUGUUGUGGGGUUCAUCAUCAACAUUGACAGCCUGAUGAUAAUGAUUCCAGAACUGCUUCAGUGUCAGCGAUACAUCUGCUCCUAUUGUUUCAGUCAAGACCACUUAGAGCUCCUAUUUAAUUCAAUCAGGGCAUCGGGGGGCUGGAAUAACAGUCCUUCAGUUGGUCAGUUCCAGGUCAUUUUCCGUCGUCUCAUGGUUUGGUGUGGUGCCUCUCCAAGCAAAUCUGGAAACAUGGAAGCACAGGAUGAGACUGUCUCCCUGUCUGCUGUUGAGAUGUCCUCUACACCAGUAGCAGCAGAAGAAGAGCUUCAAUCCCCUUUUGCAAAUAUCCCUGCAAUUGUGUGUGACCAUAGCUACUUACCAACUCACUUUGGUGGCCUUGUGGAAAAUGCCCUUGUUUACAUCUCAGGGUUUGUCGUUCGACAGAUUUUGAGAAAGCUGUCCUGUGAUGUGUGCCGUGCUAGUUUGGUAACAGAUGCUGUACCGGCAUCAUAUGAUCAAAGCUACCAUUUACUCACAUUAAAAAACAAAGGAGGUUUGAUGAUUCCUUCUGAGGGUACAGUCAAGGUGGUCAAAGUAGCUGAGUGUGUUAUCCAACAGUCGACAUUUGGGCAAACUGUCAGUGUAUCUUUGAUCAAUCAGUUUGUUCAGGCUGAGAUUGGUUCAGAUGAUGUGUUUUUUCUCAAGGAGCACAUUGAGGAACCACAGUUUGCAGUUGACAACCAUCAUUUCAUGCUCAUGUCUUUAGUUGUGUCUGUCUUCCACAAACUAAGGCUGCACCAUAUUGCCAGACUGAAUACUCUCAAAUUACAGAGUGGCAACACACGGAAAAAGCUAUGUAAGACAGUUCUGUUUGAAGGAUUUUAGAUCCUAUCCUGUAUAUAUUUA